CGGGCUCGGUGAGCCCUUUGCUCCCUCUGGCCGGCAGGCUGGGCGCGCAGGGGCGCGGGUCCCCGCCCGGCGCGCAGCGGCACCAUGGGCACGGUGUUGUCCCUGUCCCCCAGCUACCGGAAGGCCACGCUAUUUGAGGAUGGCGGGGCCACGGUGGGCCACUACACGGCCGUGCAGAACAGCAAGAACGCCAAGGACAAGAACCUGAAGCGGCAUUCCAUCAUUUCCGUGCUGCCGUGGAAGAGGAUCGUGGCCGUGUCGGCCAAGAAGAAGAACUCCAAGAAGGUGCAGCCCAACAGCAGCUACCAGAACAACAUCACGCAUCUCAACAAUGAGAACCUGAAGAAGUCGCUGUCGUGCGCCAACCUGUCCACGUUCGCCCAGCCCCCACCGGCCCAGCCGCCCGCACCCCCUGCCAGCCAGCUCUCGGGCUCCCAGACCGGGGUCUCCUCCUCCGUCAAGAAGGCCCCGCACCCUGCCGUCACCUCCGCAGGGACGCCCAAACGGGUCAUUGUCCAGGCGUCCACGAGCGAGCUGCUGCGCUGCCUGGGCGAGUUUCUCUGUCGCCGGUGCUACCGCCUGAAGCACCUGUCCCCCACGGACCCUGUGCUCUGGCUGCGCAGCGUGGACCGCUCGCUGCUCCUGCAGGGCUGGCAGGACCAGGGCUUCAUCACGCCGGCCAACGUGGUCUUCCUCUACAUGCUGUGCAGGGAUGUCAUCUCCUCCGAGGUGGGCUCCGACCACGAGCUCCAGGCUGUCCUGCUGACCUGCCUGUACCUUUCCUACUCCUACAUGGGCAACGAGAUCUCCUACCCGCUCAAGCCCUUCCUGGUGGAGAGCUGCAAGGAGGCCUUUUGGGACCGCUGCCUCUCGGUCAUCAACCUCAUGAGCUCCAAGAUGCUGCAGAUCAACGCCGACCCCCACUACUUCACACAGGUGUUCUCCGACCUGAAGAACGAGAGUGGCCCGGAGGACAAGAAGCGCCUCCUCCUCGGGCUGGACCGGUGAGCCCGCUAGCCGGCACCAUGGCUCAAGGAUUCAUUUUUAAAAAUUUAUUCUUAAAUCAGAAUUUGUGUACAGUAUGUGUUUAGCAAAGCCACCGAGGGCCUCGCCCUUCCCACCUUCUCUCCUUGGGGUUUUCUUCAGCCCUGCCAAGAACUCCGGGCGCUUCUGAACUCCCGAACGUCGUGCAACACCCAGAAGAUACAUUCAGAGCCACCUCGGCCCCUCACGUCUCACUUCGGGGAAUUCAAAGGACUGACCUGCCCCUGCUGCCGCCUGUGCCCUUGCUGGACCAAGGCAGUCUCUUCUGAAGACGAAGCCUGGCCCGGAAAGGCCCAGAGAGACAGCUGGAUCUUGGAGACAAUUACAAGCCAGAGCAGAACUCCUGAUUGCCUGCUGAUUCCACAACUGAUCAUUUGCAGCUGCUGGUUUGGGUGUCGGCCUUACCCCAGUGGCUGUAACAACACAUGAUGUGUACUUAAUCAAUUUUCUUUCUAAUUCUCCCAGAUUGGUGGCUUGGGACUUGGGAGAGGACCAAGAGAAGGGAGCAAGCUUUCCUCUGUGGCCCAUCCCUCGGGCCUUGGGGAACAAAGACUGGUGAAGACGCUAUGGAGAAUUCUCUCUUCCAGUCCCAAUCCCCCAGGGGGUGCUGGAACGGGGGGCCGGGGGAGGCAGAGGGCGGCAGAAGGCCGGUUUACGUAGGAUUAGCUUCCAGGUGGCUGCCGAUUUCAGCACAAGCACUACUGAAAUUCACAUAAAAAAGAGAAAGCUGUGAAAUUGAGGUCCCGCUUUAAGAGGCCCGGGCCGAGCGCGCGGGCCCGCGGAGCUCCCGAGGAGGAGGGCCUGCCGGGGCCGGCGGGAGCGCAUUGGCCCCAGCUGCGCCCGGGGCCCACGCCGAGCCCUUCCCGGGGCCGCCGGCCAGAUAACCUGCCGCGGGGCUGCUGGCAGGACCUCGCCGCAGCGCCUCUUCUCCGCUGGAGCUGUCGCCUGGCGUGUCUGUGCAGAUCCUGCUGCCAUGUGUGACCCGAGGUAGGAGGCCCGUGGGGGCAGCGGGCCCUGGCGACACGCAAGGGGGAGGUUCGGGUGCGAGUCUCCGGAGCAGGGGCGCGGGUCCGUGGUCGCCUCUUCCCCGGGCUGCGCUGCGCCUGGACCUGUGCGAAGGCGCCGCCGCCGGAUUCCAGUUUCGUGUGUUUCCCUCUCUCGCUCCGUAUUUAUUUUUUUAAUUUUUGGAGGCGGUGCACAUUUCAGGAGUGGUUGGGGACUAAGGAAAGAACUCUCUAGUUCCAUCAAGGUGAAGCCUGGCGGGGUCUCCUCCCUCCCUUGCACUGGUCAUCAGUAUUGUGUAAAGGAACUGAUAUACUUGAGUGUGCAAGCAAUGAACCCAUUUGACAUGCUGCUAUGAAGACUACUUUUAGAACAACAGUAAAAAAAAAAAAAAAAGAAAAAAAAAAGGAAAACUUAACCUACACACAAAAAAAAAAACCCACAAAAAAAACCCCCAACCAACCAACCCUUUAUUCUUUAAAUUGUUGCUUUUACAGUGAUAUUGUGCAUGCAAACCAGGAGCAUUUUGUGUCUUAAGAAAAAUAAUCUUAGAACAGACGGCUGUGAACAUUACAUCCGUGCACAGAACAAGUCACAGGAAUAAUAGUUCAGGAUUUGGUUUUUCUCUUUUUCUUGUAAAUCUGAGGGGUUGAUAUAUUCUUUCCAUGCAGUUAUUAGAACUUAGUUUUGUUCCAACAGUUGUUAAAACUUGCAAUGAGAAGAAAAUGUGCCAUUUUUUUUCACUCGGAAUUAUUCAUAGCUGUAUAUUUGAAACUGCUAAUUACACACGUGCGAUGUAUGUUGGUUUUUUAGUGCAAUUUCUUCUGUAGCUAUUCUUUGACCAAACUGUGGGUAUUGUUGAUAUUAAUUUAUAUUUGUCUCAUUUUGUAUGUAUGCCUAGCGUGUUUGUAAGUAUGUGUGGUUUAUAAUCUGACCAGGUCAUGAAGCUCAGUUUGGCUGUAAUUUAAUUCCCCUCCCCUUAUUUUUAUUUAUUUUUGUACCGUGCUGAUUAAAUAAAAUGCACUGACCAUCCA